CUGACCUGUCUUGUUCUCUAACCUGUCCUGUCUUGUUCUUUGUCCUGUCUUGCAACAUUGCCCUAAAAAAUGUGUGUUCUAUAGGCGUUAGAUGUCGUUCUGAUAGUGUUGCUGUUUCUCUGUCCUGCAGGGAUCAGGAUCUGGCUGAGGCCCUGGACUCUGGAGGCUCUGACCUGGAGCUAGAGAUGGACAUACAGGGGAGCUGGGGUUGGGGGAGGGCUGGGGCUGGGGGGGGGCGGGGGCUGGAUGGGGAAGAGGCCGGGGAGGUUAUUCGAGUCCAGGAGCUACCAGCCCAGCAGAGAGCCAAGCUGUGGAAGAUUGCGCUGAAUGUGGCAGGUAAAGGAGACAGUCUGUCCUCGUGGGAUGGAGUCCUGGAUCUUCCAGAACAGAACCUUAUACACACCCGCUGCCAGCAGCUCAUUGACCAGCUGGGGUGCGUUGCGGAGGAGGAGGGGCGUGACAUGGUUUCUGACGUAGAGUCUGUCAUCACGUUCUACUGUAAGUCCCGAAACAUCACCUUCACCCCUGACCUCUCCUGGCCACACCUCCUCAAACCCCUGCUGGGCCUGCAGCUGCCUCGUUCCGAUCUCUACAACUGCUUCUACGCCAUCAUGAAUAAAUAUAUCCCACGGGACUGUGUAGUGAAGGGCCGUCCAUUCCACCUGUACAGACUGCUGCUGCAGUAUCAUGAACCAGAACUCUGCUCCUUCCUCGACACCAAGAAGAUCACCCCAGACUCCUACACUAUACACUGGCUAGGCAGUCUGUUCUCCAGUCACUGCCUACCAGAGGUGACUCAGGCCAUGUGGGACUUUUACCUCCAACAGGCUGACCCUUUCCUCAUCUUCUUCCUCCUGCUCAUCAUCCUCGUCAAUGCCAAAGAUAACAUCCUGCAACAAGAAGGGGACAGUAAAGAAGAUAUCAUUAAGAUGUUGGAGGACUCUCCUGCCCUGUUAGAGGCUGAUGAUAUAGAAGACCUGUUCUCUCUGGCACAGUAUUACUGGAGCAAGACCCCUCUGUCUCUCAGAAAGGAGAACCAGAACUUGUUUGGGUCCAGCCUGGUGGCACUGAAGGAGGAAGACAUGGAUCUGAGUCAGGCUCUCUGUCUCCCUGUGUCUGUCCCUGAGAUACUGCAGGCCAACCAGCUGCAGCCUGUGACUAACAACACCCCUGAGGAAGGGGUUCGGUUCUUUGUGGUGGACUGUCGACCUGCUGAGCAGUACAACGCUGGACACCUCUCUACUGCCUUCCACCUGGACUCAGACUUGAUGCUGCAGAACCCGUCAGAGUUCAGCCUAUCAGUGAAGUCCCUCCUGGAGGCCCAGAAACAGAGUCUAGAGUCUGGCUCCAUCGCUAGUGGAGAACACCUCUGCUUCAUGGGUUCAGGGAGGGAGGAGGAGGACAUGUACAUGAACAUGGUGCUGGCACACUUCCUACAGAAAAACAAAGAGUACGUCAGUAUCGCUAAAGGUGGUUUUAUGGCCCUGCAGCAGCACCUAACAGACAUCAAUGUGGAGGGGCCAGACAACUAUGUCCACUGGAUAGUCAGCACCUCUGGAUCAGCUGAAGGAGACGCGUUGAGCACCACAGGGGAUAAAGGAGUCAAGUCUCUGGUCAACAAGAUGACCUUUGCCCUCAAGUCCAAGUCUGUCAUAGCGAAGGAGAAGAUGAUAAGCUUUAUGGAGAACACGGCUACACCUGUGGACAGAAUGUCUUUCACUCUCCCCUGGCCAGAGAAGGGGGUCCCUGACCGACAUGUGAGCAGUAGUGACCGGGUUGGAAAACCUUACAGAGGAGUGAAGCCAGUGUUCAGCAUCGGUGAUGAGGAAGAGUAUGAUACAGAUGAGAUUGACAGCUCGUCCAUGUCGGAUGAUGACAGGAAGGAGAUCGUAAACAUCCAGACGUGGAUCAACAAACCAGAUGUGAAGCACCAUGUUCCCUGUAAUGAGGUCAAGGAAACCGGACACAUGUUCCCCAGUCACCUGUUGAUCACAGCGACCCACAUGUUCUGUCUGAGGGAGAUCGCGUCCAGGAAGGGUUUUGCCUAUAUCCAGUCCAGACAGGCUCUCAACAGCGUGGUCAAGAUCACCUCCAAGAAAAAACACCCAGAACUCAUCACCUUCAAGUUCGGCAACAGCAACACUGCUGGAAUAGAGAUCUCUGCUGUGGAGAGGUAUCUGAUCCCCAACGCGGGUGACGCCACCAAGGCCAUUAAACAGCAGAUCAUGAAAGUUCUGGAUGCCCUGGAGAGUUCCUAGAGACAGACAGGGAUACAUGAGAGCCCCCCCAGCUGGCCGGGAGGGGAGACGUCUGUCUGUCUGUCAGCUGAGGGCAGGGUGCUCUGUUUCUAUUGAUAUCUCUCUCCCUUUCUCUCUGUCCUCCUCCUCUUCCCAGCCAGGCGAGGACCUGGACAGAUCCUGUGUUGACUGUUAACCCUCCCUGUCUGUUGGGCUGAGGGUGUCGUCUCUCUCCCUCCCUGGUUGCUGAGGACCUGAGAGAAUGAUUGAUACUGGAUGAGUCCCAAACGGCACCCUAUACAAUAUAUAGUCCUAUCGGGCUUGGUAAAAAGUAGUGCACUAUAUAGGGAAUAAGGAUCUGGUCUAAAGUAGUGCACUAUAUAGGGAAUAGGGCUCUGGUCUAAAGUCGUGCACUAUAUAGGGUAUAGGGCUCUGGUCUAAAGUAGUGCACUAUAUAGGGAAUAGGGCUCUGGUCUAAAGUCGUGCACUAUAUAGGGAAUAGGGUCCUGUCUGGGAGGCAUCCUGAGACUGUUGCUCCCUAUUCACCACCCUGGUCUCCUCAUCCUGUCUGAUAUAUAUGGGUUACACCCUCCAUUACCCUGGUCUCAUCCUGUCUGAUAUAUAUGGGUUACACCCUCCAUUA